AUGAACGGUCUUAUAUUUCGCGCGUGCCUUCGUCAAACUCAGGCCUCAAUAUUGAGCACCUUAGUAUCUGUGAAGCAUCCCUUCAUUACCCAGGCCGUCCGUGCUUUCUGUACAGGAUCUGGACGCACGCCGCCUUCCUUUCCCCCGAUUUCUUGGGACUCAAAAAAGACUUACAAAACGAAUAUCGCAAUGCGUGCACACUGCAGGGACGGUGCUGAGAAAGUUUUGGGAGCGCUUAGGGAUGCACUUCCGGAUCGUUAUAGCCGUAUUAAAACGGCGAAAAUUGUGGGUGGAAUCCAUCGGUCACCGAACGACGGCAACCCACACCUUUUGAUAAGGUGCUUUGGGAAGAAGAAAUGGGAAGGCUCGAUCCACUUACCAGUGGAUAAAAAUGAAUUCAAUAUUAAAGAGGCAACUAUUGCCUAUAAGACUGCUCGUAAUUACAUUGUUAAAAAGAUCUUGUAA